AUGUCUCCUGUUAACAUUGUCAAAUACUACUUUCAUAAGAGGAACGUCCCUGUAUCCGAGGAACGUAUGCGGCGUCUCAUUGCUCUCGCCUACCAAACAGCCAGAGCUUUACCCAAAGGCAGUCUUUGUGCGAAAGAUCCUCUCGGAGCUCAUGUAACAUUCAGCUACAAGACGCAAGACUCUCUUGGUCGCGACACUCACGUCUCAAGUCAUGGCUACGUUAAAGACUCCGAGACUCUGGAAUAUGCCGGUUCUACCCAUGUCGAUGAGAAACCCGAUUCAACCAAGAAGACAACAGGUAAACCAGUCUGGCCGGGCGAGUCUCAGUUAUGGGAGGCUCCAGAGAUUGGGUACGGACACCUGCCAGAGAAAUAG